AUGUCCGACUCGGUGAAUGUAUCAAAUACAUCUACGGAUUCCUCACCGCCGAGUGCAUUUGAUAUCCCUCUCUCGAUUACCGCUAUCCGCUACACUUAUAUUCCCAUCUGGAUUCUGUUGCUCUUCUUUGGAUUAUUUGGGAACGCUCUCACAGUCUUUGUGCUACAAGCCAAGCGUCUAAAACAAUCCAGCACGUCAUUUUAUCUCACAGCUCUUGCCAUAACGGAUAUGCUGUACCUCCUAACUAGUCUUGUCACUUCAGUCGCCAACUUCAUCUACUUCUUUCCAUUCGAACUUCGGCAGACGUCAAAAACUUUUUGCGUUCUCCUCCCCUUUAUCAAUUACACCCUUGCUUACAUUUCAGUUUGGCUUCUUGUUGCAGUCACAGUUGAACGUGCUAUUUGGGUUGUUCUUCCUUUUCGAGCACAUAGGAUCUGCACAAGAAGAACAGCCAAGUUUGUAGUUCCUCUUCUUGUGAUAGUUUUCACAAUUCUCGACAUUCAUUUCUUUAUCACUAUGCGUUAUGUCAAUAUAAGUAAAGAUAAGUGGAUAUGCAAGCCCAAUUCUUUCACAGACAAAGUUUUCCCAUACUUGGAUCUGCUUUUAGUAGCCGUUCUUCCUUGCACAAUCAUGCUCAUUGCCAACUGUCUUAUUGGUUGGAAGCUUCGAGUUAUGCUGAAAUUCCGUACCGGUACUGCGUCGGCAAGUAAAACUUUAAAUUCAAACGCAGACCCAGCGAAUGCAGAGAAGAAGGAGAAAUCGACCAAUUUAACUAGAAUGCUUGUGUCAACCAACGUCUUUUUCAUCAUAUCUGUGACACCACUGCUAAUCUAUGACGUAGUAUUUUUCUCAAUUGACGUUAAAGCUUGGGCAGAAGAGAACGAAAAAGUAAGAGGAGGAAUUAUAUUCGGGCUCGAACGAUUUGUCUAUACUCUAUGGUAUACAAACUUUGCCAUUCACUUUCUCCUUUACUGCCUGAGUGGACCUCCAUUUCGAGCUGAGGUAUUCGUGCUACUAAACCGAAUACGAACGCGUUUCUGUAAUGCACAAAAGAAUCCUAUUAGACAGAAGACUGAAAUUAAAUUGGGUGCACCGGAAAAGAUAUCUGCUGUCGCACCAACUUCAACUAUAAAAGACGUCGCUUCAAGAGUUGAGCUCUUUUAA